AUGCCCAAUCCUUCUCAAGACAACCAAGAGUGCCUCCAGAAACAUUUCUCCAGGCCAUCUAUGUGGAAGCAAUUUCUGUCCCUGCCCAGGGCUGAGGGAUAUAAAGCAAACAUUCAUCAAACCAUGGAAGAUGAAGGCAGCACCAAAGCUGUGCACGAUAUCAAGGGAAGCCUGUGGUCCCUGCCCAGACUUGCUCUGACUGUAGAGUGUGUCCAGACACCAGCCAGAAUUGGAGAGCAGGCUGCUGAUCCUGAGAGAAAAAGACCAAUGUUUCUGCUGCCAUCGAGCAGCGCGCUCCGGACAGACGCGGCCGCGGCCCACCAUCACCGGCAGGUGCGCACGAAGUUAGCUGUAACCCGCCCAAGCCCAGCUUCCCGCAGCAUCCGAGUUCGAUUGGCGCCGGCGGAGCACCCACCCCAACCCCAGACCGAGGGCCUGGUUCCCUGUCCUCCUCCCCGGCGCCAAGGACGGCUCCGAGCGUUUUCUAAAUCUCUCAUUUCCCCCCCGCCUCGACUCCCAGACUCGCCCGCUGCCCUGAAGCUGCUCAGCCUCCUUUCUAGCACGCUCUCUGGCCUCGCGCGAUUCUUCUCUCACCUUCUCCGGCGACCCCCUUCUGGGGCUCCCCGGCGGCGCCCGGACUUGUCCCUCCUGCUUCCCGCUCGCUCCCUGCCAGCGGCUGGGCUCUUGCGGGGGCACGGGGAGCGGCCAGGCCGUCUCCAGCUCCUGCUGGGGGCAGCCCUGGCACUGCCCAGCCGACCCCCAGGGGGACGCCUUCCCAGGGAAGAGGACGCCUGCGCUGGGCAGAGCUCGCCCAUGCCCCCCAUGAGAUCUGAGCGGACGGAGAUGCGGAAACGGCAGAUGCCUGCAGCCCAGGAGACCACGAGCUCCACGCCAGGCCAGCCCGGGGCGGGGGACCGCGGGUCCAACACCUGCUGCUUCUGCUGGUGCUGCUGCUGCAGCUGUUCCUGUCUUACUGUUAGAAACCAAGAAGAACAGAGACCCAGGAGGCCCUCCCAUGAACUCACACGAGAAGACCUUCCAACCUGUGAAGAAAGCCCAAGUCCCACUCUGGAGGAGGUCAAUGCCUGGGCUCAGUCCUUCGACAAGGUAAUGCUCACUCCAGCGGGAAGGAAUGCUUUCCGGGAAUUCCUCCGGACAGAAUUCAGUGAAGAAAAUAUGCUUUUCUGGAUGGCAUGUGAGGAACUGAAAAAAGAAGCUAAUAAAACCAUCAUUGAAGAGAAAGCAAGGAUAAUCUAUGAAGACUACAUUUCUAUUCUUUCUCCUAAAGAGGUCAGCUUGGACUCCCGAGUAAGAGAAGUCAUCAACAGGAACAUGGUGGAGCCAUCCCAACACAUAUUUGAUGAUGCACAACUCCAGAUCUAUACCUUAAUGCACAGAGACUCCUAUCCCCGGUUCAUGAACUCUGCCCUCUAUAAAGAUCUGCUUCAGUCCUUAGCUGAGAAAUCGGUUGAAGCAUAGGAUGUUAUCAAAUAUAUUUAUUAUUAAUAAAAUAAUAAAAGAACUGAUGGACUACAUCUAGUACAGGGAACUUAGAGAUAGUAGUACCUUCUGCUAGAGUAAUACUUGGGCUGUUUUAAUAAACAGAUGCUUGCUUUUACAGAAGACUAGUCACAGUGUAAACCGUGGCCACCUGUAGUGAUACUUUUGAAAAAAAAAUGGGGUAUGCCUGUCUUAGAAAAAGAUAGGAUAUUUACAUUUACGGUCACCGCAGCAUGUUGUCAAUGGCAAAGGUUACUCUGGAAGACUACUGCCUGGGGCAUACACAUCCUCUGGAGCCAAACGGACCGCCUUUGUUUUGCAUGAGUGCAGUUAUUGGAUGACUCUCCUCCCAAGGAAAAGGCGUUCGGGUGUUUCUUAGCAACUCCUUCCUUCCGUCCAGCUGUUUUGAGUAUUUUGCUUCUCAGUGCUAUCACAGGACCCAAAUUCCCAUUUUAUAAAGAUGUGUCACCACUACUCAUAAAAAUGGAAUUUCAUUUUUAUCUUAGAAUCCAUGUAUGUAUGUGCACGUGUGUCUGUAAUGGUUAAUGAAAGUACUGUGCUCUUAAGUGGGUCAGUCGCACCUGUUUGGUAAGAAAGUAGUGUUUAGAAAAUUCUUUUGUUGAAAAGUUACCAUGAUUUUAUUAUCAUAAUCUGCCAACCUAAAGAAUGAAUUUUUAAUUCACAACUUAG